AUGGUCACUGACAAUAUCAUUUUCUUAUUAGCAAACAAUGAUGACGAUGGAUUUGAUUUGAUUAGGCCAUCUUUGAUCCAGCAAUUAAGAACCAUCCUAGAUCAGUACCCAGAUGAUGGACAGAUAUUGAAGGAGCUCAUCCAAAAUGCAGAGGAUGCACACGCAAGUCAUGUAAAAUUCCUCCACGACAAACACAGCUAUGGCACAGCCAAACUUCAUCACCAGGGUAUUGCUCAAUUUCAGGGCCCAGCACUUUAUGCAUAUAAUAACGCCCAAUUUACAAAAGAUGACUGGAAGGGCAUACGGAUGUUGUGUGAUAGUAUCAAAGUCAAAGACCCGAUGAAAGUUGGCCGUUUUGGUCUUGGCUUUAAGUCUGUUUUCCAUAUGACAGAUUUACCAAGUAUCGUAAGUGGUUCGCAGAUCGGAGUGAUUGAUCCGCACGAAGAGUAUUUUAGCGACGAAAAUGGCAAACGAACCGGUCACAGGUGGCGAUUGAAAGAGGACCGAGACAUCAUAAACAGCAUCCCAGACCAGUUUCAGCCAUACAAAGGGAUACUCGAUUGUACAGAGGAAAACUUCAAACAGGGAUCCUAUAAUGGGACAUUGUUUCGUUUCCCUUUAAGGACAGAACCAUCCAAGUUAUCGCCGACGUUAUACACUACCCAAAAGGUGCACACGUUGUUUGAAAGUUUUGAGGCAGAUGCUCAUUUGAUCCUUCUCUUUCUUCAGUAUCUGGAAUCCAUAGAGCUUUUUGUUCGAGAGGAAAAGGACAGUGACGCCAGAAAAACGUUUCAAGUCCGAAUCACCAAUAAUACCCUAAAGUUAGUGCGAGAAAAGAGGAGUGAGUUUCGAAGCAAGAUCUCAUCAGGUGAACUAUUGCCAGAAGCUGCUUGGGUAACUUAUCCUAUUACAAUCGAGGCAAUUACCUACCCCAAAGGCUUCCCAAGUACGUUAGAGCGACAUUCGUUUCUGGUUACUAACUACUUUUGUGGAGGAGAAAUAUCGUCAGAAUUUAGAACCUUGGCUUCAGAUCAAGAUCUCAGCUAUCUGCCUUUGGUAGGCAUCGCCAUGGAGUUGCCAGAACGCCCUGGACAAGAAACGCCAGACAUGAAAGGCCACGUAUUUUGUUUUUUACCACUACCAGUACAGAAGACAAGUUUGACAGGAUUGCCAGUGCACAUCAACGGCUUCUUUGCUUUGAGUCAGAACAGGCGAUACAUAAAGACGCCUACAGCUGAACAAGAAGAUCUGGCUGAGAAGGAAGGCCAGCCCCUGACUGACAAGUCAUUGUUAUGGAAUCAGUGUCUUCUGCAAGAGGCAAUCCCUAAAGCGUAUGCUUCUCUGCUGCUGGAUGCUACGGACGAGCAGAACUACAACGUGCAAAGCGAAGCCGUGUACAAAGCAUGGCCUGAUACAACUAACAUCGAUCAGAAAUGGAAAAGAGUGGAGAAACCCCUAUUUGAGUUGCUUCUUGACAAAAGCAUCAUCUACACUCCGGCUCAAGGAGGAAAAUGGAUAAAAUUGGCAGACGCGAUCGUUGAAAGACUUGCAGGAAGUGAUCCUAAGGAAUUGCUGGUGAACGUUUUUCUUGCAGCGAAUGAAAACGUCGCCUGUUUACCCGAACACGCCCUAAAAGCCAUUUUCUUGUACUCAACGUUGAGUGCAGAAAUAACACCUUCGUUGACGCGAAGAGUCCUAAAGAAUGUCCCCUCUAGCUACUCAAACUUAACACGGUCAGAAAAACUUUUGCUGCUGAAGUUUGUUCUCAAAGACGGUUGCCUUUCUGACCUACUUGGAUUGGUGCUAUUACCAAUUUCCAACGAGCACUUCAUUUCGUUUUCUAAUACGGGAGAGGCUGUUUAUAUUUCAUCACCAGCACAUCCCCGUGAACUUUUACCGUGUCCACGACAAAAGUUCCUUGAUGAGAACAUCGACAAAGAUUUGUCACGAAAACUGGAUGCAGUCGCAAAACAAGGGUGCACUCAAUUACGGCAUUUCACCAAAGAUGACGUUGCCAGACUUCUCCCGUCGUCACUCCCACCUGGAUGGUUAGAAGGAAAACACAUUUUGUGGAAUCCUGGAGUCGGAGGCCAUCCGUCCAAUGACUGGUUAGGAAAUUUGUGGGCAUACCUAGGAAAGAACUUCCCCUCUGUAGACGAGCUUUGCAGACUUGAAGGCCUGCCACUACUUCCACUCGAUAUGUCUGAAGCUCCGAUUACCCUCGUGAGACUUAAGCAGCUAUCUGAUGUUGUGGUGAGAAGCCUUCAUGGCGAUUCUUUAGACGACGCUAUUGUCGGAACUUUGAAAGCGCUUGGAGUUACAGUAAUGCAAGGAUAUCCAAGGUUCCUUGGCCUGCACCCUUCCGUUUCGAAAACGUUUGUUCAUCCGCCAUCAGUUCAAGGGGUCUUAAAAGCUUUGGCAGCUUUUCUUACCUUAAAACCCACCGCCGUGCAAACCACAACAGACGAUGGUAAACGAUGUUUUAGGAAGUUUGUUGCCAAAGCCUCUUCGUUAAGUCCAGAUGAGAAGAAAGUCUUGAACUGCAUACCGCUGUUUGAGACUAUGUCCGGAGCCUUUGUUUCUAAAAGUGAUGGCCUUUGCGCUGCACCUGACGAAGCGUUUCCAGUGAAAACCCUCAGAGAUCUCAUCGACAUUCGAGAGAACGAUACAAAGAGACUAGCAAGCUUGUUAGACAUCCAAGUCUUGACACGUUCUGAGGUUUUGCUUGAGGUGAUAUUUCCGGAUGUAAUAGGUCAGCGUUACUCUACUGAAGAAAUUGACAGACUCAUGGGAUUCGUGAUGGAUAGAUAUCACGUUUACGCCGCAGAGGAUGGGCGAUUUCAGAAUCAGUUAAAAGACCUGCCCUUUGUCUCAACUAAAAAUGACAGAGUGAGACCUAAGGAGGUGUUUGAUCCCAGAAAAGACUUCUUAAAAAGAAUUUUCGUGGAGGAAGAUGUGUUCCCUGUUGGAAAGUACGUUCAACCUACAGCUCUAGUAAUCUUAGAGUACCUUGGCAUGAAAGGCGAAGAAGAUAUCACGGGGCACAAUGUGUACGAAAGCGCAAAAGCAGUGAAUAAAAUUUUUGAUUUUUCUGCAGCGGAAAUGAAGUCAUCAGCGAUCAUGUCAUUCCUAACUAGCAAUCCGGCAAAAUUUGAAGAGAUCGUCUCUGGAACGUCAGGUUUAGGAGAGCUCUGGAAGUAUCUUAAGGGUAUUCCAUGGGUCUCUGUGAUCAGACGAAAACCUGACGACUUCCCCGAAAGCCUACCGUUCUGGGGAGAAACGCACUCAGAACCUUAUUUCCUAAAGCCUUCAGAUGUCAAGUACAAACAAGCAGCAAACAUCAUUGGAUCAGUAAAACCACUUGUCAAAGCUGGGCCAUGUAGCCAAUUAACCUGCUUCUUUUCAUGGGACGCAGACCCGGCUGUUGUGGACGUCGUGCAGCACUUGCUGAAUGUAAUAAGUUGCUACAGUCCACAUGACAAGCCCCGUUACAUUAUCAUCGCCCAGGAAAUGUACACCUUUUUCAGUCGUGCAAAUCAUAACGAUGUACUUACUGCUUUUGAGAAUGUCAAGAACCUUCCGUGGAUUUGGAACGGAGAUGGAUUUUCUUCCCCUAGAUUCCUGAUAUCUCAGAAACCUCCGAUUGAUCUGUCACCAUAUAUCUGUUCCCUUCCCUCAGAGGUGGCAAGAUUCUACGAGCUGUUUGCAAAGUUUGGCUUACAAGAGAAGUGCGAUGACGCAUUCUUGCUGGAGGUUCUUCACCUAAUAAAAGAGAAGUACGAUAAUCACCCUCCGCCUCCUACGGCAGAGGUACGGAAGGACUUGCAGUUGUCUGUGGACAUUUUGAAUGAAAUUAAGCCAAACGUUGGAGAUCAGUUGCCGCCCGAACUUCAAGAAAAGGUGCUCAUUCCGACACACGUGGAAGACGAUGCGUAUGUUAAGCUUGCACCAGUUGAGAGAUGUAUGUACUGCGAACAUGAUUGGCUAGAAAGAAGUAACCAUGAUGGAGAAGAAGAUGAAGGCAUGAAAUACUUUUAUGUACAUCGAAACAUUCCAAACAGCACAGCUGAACUUUUGCGCGUUCCAACGUUGAUGAAUCGAAUGUUGGAGCCAGACGAGCUCGAUUUUGGAGAGGAAUUCGGACAAGAAGAAAAACUUACCCGUAGACUUAGCAGACUUCUGGAGGACUACUCUGAUGGCUUUGCAGUACCCAAAGAGCUUGUUCAAAACGCAGACGAUGCAGGUGCCACUGAAGUGAGAUUUCUAUAUGACGAACGAACGAACCAGGAUGCCAUUACCUGUCUGAUUGACGAAGAAAUGAAACACUGCCAGGGUCCUGCUCUGUGGGCCUACAACGAUGCCGAAUUCAGAGACGAAGACUUUACAAAUAUCACAAAAUUAAACGGUGCCACAAAAGAACAAGAAACUGAGAAAAUUGGAAAAUUUGGACUUGGUUUCAACGCGGUCUACAAUCUGACAGAUGUUCCGAUGUUCUUGAGCAGAAAUUACUUUGUGAUUUUUGACUUUUAUAUGACGAACGAACGAACCAGGAUGCCAUUACCUUUUUAUUCACUAUGGCCUAGAGCGUGUGAGGUAGAGCAGAACUGCGAGCCCCUUGCGCGUUCGUUCUAUCAAAGUUUGGCGAGUGGAGGCUACUCUCUCUUUUCCAAUGGAAGCCAAUGGGUGGACAUCGAUCAUGUGGUUUUUCUGGAGCCUAACUUUCGGUAUGAUCCUAAAAUCGGAGAGCUGUCUUUUGAAGUUUUGAAGUUUUUUAAGAAAGAGGAUACAGUCAUCAUUGAUCUUUCAGCUGAGGUAUACCAGUCAUUUGUCAGCUAUGAUCUCGUGACAAAAAUCCAAGAGAAAAACUACGACAAGAGUAAAUUCUUCCGUGAGUUAUUCUUUCCAAAUAUUGCUUCGGUUCCACCACACCUGCGAGACCACCUGGUAUUGUACGCACUUGAUGACAAAGAUGGAGAGUUUGACGAUCUAAUCAAGUCAUACGCGUGUAUUCCAACCACACCAAAUGGUCGAAAACUUAAGUGUCCUGCCCAACUCAUCAACCCGACCAAAUUAGCUGCCUCUCUGUUUAGCCCGGAGGAUGAAAUGUUUCCAUCUGGAACAAGAGACACCUUCCAGAACGGUUUACGACUUGCCAAACUUGAGGAACUUGGAAUGUUGGCAGAUGAUCUCCCGUGGCCACAGCUUGCAGAAAGGGCGCAGAGUAUCAGUUUAUUAAGUGAUCAUUGUAGUGAAUCAGCAUUGAAGCGUACAAAAGAUCUAAUCGAUCAUCUAGAAAGAAAUUUGAUGAAUGGUAAUGAAAAUCGUGCUUCCUUUGAAUCUCGGGAAACAUUUUUACACGCCAGAUUUUUGCCGGUGCUUCAGAGGCCUAAAAGUUUCCCACUCCCUUGGAAAGCAGAUGAAUUUCAAUUUAAGAAUGGUCGAGUAUUCAUGUCUCCUACAGAGUCCUUUCCAAAGAGAGUAAAGAAUCUAGUCUGCUGCACUGAGCCAGUACUUGAGUUACACUUGCCAACCAUCGUCCAAGAAUUCCUGCAGUUGGACACGAAACAUGCUACAUUAAACCAUGUUAAAAUGCAACUUAACAUUGCCGCGUCUGUUAGCACACAGAAUCUGGACCCCUUGGAGAUCGAAAGCUUGAAAGAAGUUUGCUUGGCAGCGUACAGGUAUCUCGAGGAAGCUCUUUGUACCAAGUGCAUCACAGAGGAGAAAGUGAGAGGGUUGUUUGGCGGGAAAAAGUUUAUUUUCUGUGAGGGGGAAUUUGUCUUAACGGAGAAAGUGGCUUUUGAGCUGCAUUACGAUUGUUCUCCAUAUCUUCGCCAGCUUCCACAAGAUUUAGCAAAACGUUUUGAAAGCUUCAUGAAAACUGCUGGAGUGAAGGCUGCCUUCGAUGUCGAUGAUUUCAAAGCUUCUUUGAAGCAAAUGAAACACACAUUUGGGGAGGAAAAUCUCGAUGAGGAGAGCAUUCAAGUAGCAGUUAAUAUGGCUGUCCAACUGGGAAAUAUUUUAAAGAGGCGUAGUACACAAAUUGUCGGAGAUGAAGGAGAACAAGAUACAGUCUUUCUUCCUGAUUCCUUGGGUGUGAUGAGACCUGUUGGUGAUCUCUGUAUGGGAGAUUGCGAUUGGAUACCAGACGACAGUGAUGUACGCCUUGUAAAUGAAAUGAUUCCUUUUCCAGUGAGUACCCGACUUGGUGUCAAGACCCGUCGCGAGGAAACUCUAAAUCGUUUCUCUACUGGGAUUCCUUUCGGACAAACCGAAAAGCUUGAAAAUCGUCUAAGGCGGAUUCUUACAGCCUAUCCAUGUGAGAAAGAAAUACUGAAAGAACUUCUUCAGAAUGCUGACGAUGCACAAGCAACAGAGAUAUGCUUUAUCAGCGACCCUCGACAUCAUUCUGACGAAAAGGUAUUUGGAGACUCCUGGAAAUUGCUCCAGGGCCCUGCGUUGUGUGUGUACAACAACCGACCAUUCACGGAGGCUGAUGUUAUUGGAAUACAAAAUCUCGGCGAAGGCAGUAAAGGAGACGAUCCCAACAAAACUGGCCAGUAUGGUGUUGGUUUCAAUGCUGUGUACCAUCUAACGGACGUACCGUCGUUCAUCUCUAGUGGUGAGGAGAUAGGGAACGUUUUGUGUGUAUUUGAUCCCCAUCACAAAUACGUACCAGGUGCAACUGAAUGGAAACCAGGAAGGAUGUUCAGAGAAAUGGAAAAGGUCAAAAAAUUAUUUCCAGACGUUUUCUCUUGCUACGAACAGAAAGAGUGUCCCGUGCAGGAUUCGACAAUGUUUCGUUUUCCAUUACGAACCGAAGAGAUGGCGAAUAGCUCUAAGAUAUCCAAGACCCCAGUAACACCCGACGCGUUAAAAGACAUGAUGAAAUCACUAAAAGAAGAACUCUUCGAGGUUCUGAUCUUUGUGAACAACGUAAGGAGGAUCACCUUGUGUGACAUAGACCCUACAACUGGAGAAAGAAUAAAUGUUUACUCAGUCGCAGCAGUAAUGUCGGAGGAGGACGAAACGAAAAGGCAAGAGUUUGCCACCUUUAUGAAGAACAUUAGAAAAUCAGCUGAACAACCGAGCGACCUUUACCCAUCUGACAUCGAGGUUAAAAAGUGUUCAUAUGUUCUGAAUCUUCAAGACAACUGUGGCAACCAAGAAAAAUGGUUAGUUGUUCAGCAAGUUGGCUUUGAGAAACAGCUGCAACAAAGCAUAAGAGAUGCUUACAGAAGGGGAGAUCUGGGAAUGCUGCCCCGUGGUGGAGUUGCCUGCCUUCUGGAAAAAAGUUCCACGCUUAAUGAGCCUGCAAGUAAAGCGAAAAGAGCUUACUGUUUCCUUCCACUUCCUCUCGAGACUAGUCUCCCAUUACACAUCAAUGGACACUUUGCAUUGGCUCAUGAGUCAAGAAGAGAUUUGUGGAGAGACGAAGCUGGUGGUUAUCGCACCGACUGGAACAAUGCCCUGCUUGGAGACGUGAUUUCAUCAUGUUACCUGACACUUCUGGAUGAAGUCAGGGGUUUUUUUCACCUUCAAAUCUCUCUCAAUUCGGCACCAAGUAAACUUCAAUGUAACAAGGAUGCUUUGUUUACAAAGAUUUAUGAGUACGAAAAGCUUUUCCCUCUAUAUAUUUCAGAAGAAACCUACUGGGCGACCUUGAUACGAUCCGUUUAUCGAGGGAUGGACGAAAAGGGAUUAACACUCCUCCCAGUGGUGAAAGGUGGCGGAUCAGAAAGGAAUGACGAGGAGACUCAACUUACGUGGCUUCCUCCAACAGGCGAGGGUAAAGAAAAGGCAUUUUUCAAUAAUCUUGGAGUAAGUGAUUGUUUCGCUAGAAAACCGAGACGUCCCCCUCUUGAAAGCGACCUGGAAAAAGAGGAGAAACAAAGAACGGGAAAGAUAAGGAGGUUCGAAGACAUUCUUCUACAAACAGGUUUUAACCUUGUGAAGUUCUCGAUUUUAGUGUAUGAUGCACUGAAAAAAUCUGACGUGGAAUCGCAUUGUGUCUCACCUUCUGCAGUAAUGGCGUUCUACAAGACUUUUAAUGAUGACAAUCCGCUCUGCUGUGUUGGACCUAUGUGUGUUCAUAUCAAGAAUACGCUAUUUAAGGAGAUUGAGAACGUUUUGCUUGUUCUGAACUACUGCAAAGAUGACGAAAACUUCCUGGAAAAUCUGUCAGGACUGCCUUUGCUCGCAACACAGAACAAUCACCUACACAUUUUCAGUCCACAUGAUCCUAAGUAUAUAUCGUGUCAUCAUGGUAUCUUACCACAGUGCAGUGAGAUGUUUGUCCACAAAAAUAUGAGAAUUCACAUCUUUAACGCCGCGAAGAGUCAGGAGUCACCUGUCUUUAAACGUUUUGGAGUUGAAGAUUUUGCCACAUUUUUGGAUCGAACCCUACCAUAUGAGUAUUCUACCAGCAGUGGCUUCGUUGCAUGGUGCCCGACACAGGAAUCAGUGCCUAAUAAGCAAUGGGUGGAAGCAGUUUGGAAGUUUUUGGAUGAAGAAACAAAAUUUAAGGAAGAGGGGAAAACUCCAUCACAAGGAGAAGAGAUUGAGAGAAUCAAAAAAAUUCUUCAACCACUGUCAAAUUGGAGUAUUCUUCCAUGUAAUGAAACAAUCCAGAUGGCACCAUCAGGCAGAACAGAACACUUCCUUGUUCCCCUUAAUCUCGCUCAGGCUGUACUUGAUUUUUCAGGCUCCGAUAUCGAUGCCGAUAUUAGCAAACUUGUUGAGUCUUUGAGGAAGCUGAGCCUAGCUGAGGUGAACAACAGUUUCUUGCCUGGCGACUCAAAGUACCUUGCACGGAAGUUGGUAGCAUCACUUAAGACACCAGAAUACCUUCUGAAAUCAUUGGAGAUUAAAAUGGCAACGAACCCCAAAGCUAUUGAGGACAAAUUGACGAGAAUAGAAUGUGACAACAUUUUAGAUUACUUCAGUCGUAAUGUGGAAAGGCUGCAAGAACGCGACAAGCUUCCACUUAUGAAACUGCCGUUUUAUCAAACAACGCAUGGAAUACUCACAAGUAUUUGGGGUAAAUCAAUUUGCGUCCUUCCACAUGAUAUCCCACGCGAAGAAAUGGAGGAGCUGGGGAGUCGAUUAAACUUGGUUUUUUUAGAAAAGUGGACACGUCUGCUUCCACUGUACAAAUUUCUUGAAUUCAAAUGUGUCUCCGCUGUUGACUUCUAUUGUAAAUUCAUAUUGCAGAACAUGGCAAUUUUUAGCAGCACGGCAAGACUUACUCAUCUUAAGCACAUUCGUGACGUCGUUUUGCCAGGACUAUCUCAAGGAGACACAAACGAAGAGCAGAGGGUGCUCAAGCAGAGGCUGCUCGGCUGUUUGAGUGAAACAGCUUUUAUUCCCUUUACAGAUGGAAGUUUGAAGAGGGCGUCCUUUUAUUACGAACCUGGACAUGAAGUUUUCAGAGCACUGCUUCCUGAAAACAUGCUUCCCCCAAAACCAUUCAACACACCCGUUUGGCUGCAGUUUUUGAGGAAAAUCGGGUUGACGUGUUAUGUCUCUAAAGAUCUUUUUCUGAAGUUUGCAAUUGAAAUUGAACGCGAAGGUGCAACACAGAAAAACGACGUAACUUACACAAAGUCCAAGGUACUAGUGAAACACCUGUUCUGUCGAGAGAAUCUUGUGGAAGAAGGGUUUUUGCAUUCUGUUUGUCACAUCCGGUUUAUAGCCACAGAUCCAGUGGGUGCCGAAUUACGAGCAAUUCAUCCUCAGUUCGGUGAAGGAAGGAAUGGCCAGCUUCCCUACAUUGCAUUUAAGGGUUCUGUGUUACCAGAGCACGGUAAGGCAGCGUGGACAACGGCAUCAAUCCUUCCACGAUGGGCAAAUCCAAGAGAAUAUGUAUACUUGAUGAAAUUCAAGGGUUGGAAAAAUGAGCGUGCCUUCUGUAAUGCUGUCAUCUCCUAUCUUCAGAUUCUAAGUGAGCCGACCAUAAAUCAAGUUGUCUUUCACUGCCAAAAUGUAUGCUUUCAACUAGCAGAAGAGAACGAUAUGGAAACUAGUCUUGAUCAGAAGGUGACCAGAACGUCAGUGAUGAGGAGUAUCUACAGUUUUUUGAAGAAAAACGCCCCUUCAAGUAAUUUCGCGAAAGAACGACUAGAUCUUACUCCCUGUAUUUUGGUGCAAGAGGGUCAACGUUUUGUUUUUGCUAAACAAGUGGUUAUCGAGUUGUAUGAGAGCCUUGAAAUUAAGCCAUUUCUAUACAGAAUGCCAAACGAAUUAAGUAGCUUUUCGAAACUCUUUGAAUACCUGGGAUGUUCUCCAUCUGUCACACCUUCCAACUAUGUCAUUGUACUAGAUAUGUUGCACGAACGUUGUAAAGAAGAAAGCCUACAUGUAAAUGAGGUUAACUGUGCUUUGAGAGCGGUCAAAGGCCUCAUGGAAACAAUGCAAGACUCACCUGAUGCAGCUCAGGUUAUUUCGUCGUUGUACCUUCCCGCUACCUGUUCUUACAGCGCUUGUUUGGAUGACAACAGCGUGAGACUAAAGGUCACACUGAUGAAGGCCACCGAGCUGAUCUUCGAGAAUACUCCCCUCUAUCGUGAUCGUAUCAAAAACUUCAACGCACCUUUUGUGGUCGACCUCGACAGAGCUAAAGUUAGCUGCAAAAAUAAUGCAAACUACGAAGAUUUGAUCAUGCUUCUUCCCAGUAAAGUCCGGCCACACAUGAUGUCAUGCGUAAUUGAAGAAAAGUUCUUGAAUUCCAGUGAUAACGCCAAAGGUUUUGACAUAGGUGCUGCCAGUUCAUUAAGGAGACAGCUCCACUCAGAACAGUUCUAUCGAGGAAUUGUGAGACUUCUUCGCCACGUCAGCCGAGGUCGUAGUCUAGAUCAAAAUAUGCUCAUAACUGUUAAAAGCGGUUUGGAAAGAAUUGAAUUCCUUGGAAUGAAAAGAAUCGUUACUCAUCUGGUUCAUAACGGGGUGCCUAUCAAAGAGAGUGAACGCGAAGUUUCAUACUUUUUAGAAAAGGUGUUAGACUCCGGUCACCAGUUUUGGAAAGUAUAUGUUAACGCAGUCGAUGACGUCGACGAAACCAUGUCAAGGAUAUCUCUAACGUUGUCGGAGGUGAUUGCAGAAGUGUGUAACGGGCUUCUGCGAGAAGCCACCAUGUAUAUCCCAGUGAUGCUGGGAUCUCAACCUAGUAAGAUUUGGUCUUUACUGGAUAGCAUGGGGAUUCGACAAGACGAUUCGAACGUCAAAGAAAGGGGAGAUGUUUUUCCACAACCAGGAAGCUUCAUACCAAUAGCAGAACACAACCUUUUAAAUCCAGCUUUCAAAUUCUUCGAGCCUGGGGAAUACGUUGGAUACGAACUAGAUGAUCCAAGUCUUCAUCUUGAAGAAGGGGAUGCAGUUUUCAUUUAUGCUGUGAUACUCAAAGACGUCUCUGAUGAAAACGUCAGCUUUUGUGAGAAGUCCUACCAGAUAGACAUUGGACAUGAAAAGGAACCGAAAGUUGCCCGCGCCACUAAGCUUUAUAAAUUUCACCGUCUUCAAGAGAUAGCAUCCUCUGCCACUGUCCUGUCUGAUCAGCCAGGAAGCUCCCCCUUUUAUAACCAGGAGAUAUUUGACGACAUCUCAAGAAUCCUUGAAGACGCAUGGAAGCUAUCAGAGGACAUCAGAAGACAAAUUAUCAAGAGACUUAUUUUGCAGUGGCAUCCAGAUAAGAAUCCAGGAAACGAAGUCUUCUGCACGGAGAUUUUCCAGCAUAUAAAAAAUGAAAUUGAACGACUAGAAAGAGAACAACUACGUAGAUGCAUGGAGUCUGGGAGCCCUCAUGGAUCUUACGGUGUGUAUUUUCCCUUCUGGGGAGCUCGUGUAAGGCAAUAUAACUCACAGCGUCAAGAAUACACAGAGAACUUCAUUAGACACUAUGGGUCUUGGAGCCACAGAUCACGAUCGUGGGAAGUUCCUCCUAGCUUCUGUACCACCAAUCCCCAACCUGCACAGGCACGACGCUGGUUCAGACAAGCUGAGGCUGAUCUGGCAGCUGCUGAUAACGACAUUUCCUCUGCUAAGCCGUCUUUCGUGUGGGCUUGCUUCAAAUGUCAUCAGGCUGCCGAGAAAGCGCUGAAAGCCGCCCAAUAUUCUUUAGAUUCAAACAAGACCAAUGUUCACAACUUAGUGCAAAAUUCCUUAUCACUGGAUGACUCUCAACUGACAACAUUAUCGGGCCAGCUUGAAAUGCGCGUGGGCGACUCGACGCGCAUGCGUUACCCCGACCAGGUCAAUUUUCCUGAGAUUCCAAGCGACGUUUAUUCGGAAGAAACGGCGAGAGAUGCUGUGGAUCUAGCCUCAAGGGUAUUAGAGAACGUUAGAAGCAGAAUAAGAUAAGGAGGCACUCUUCAAGACAGUUUGCUUGAGAUAAUUCGUUGUGCAUCCCAAGAUGUCUUUAAAGUCAAGUUUUCAGAAUAAUUUUCGGACUUGGUUAAUGUGAC